AUGGGAGGAAUUUCAACUCUUUCAGCCCCAAAAUACUGGCACAAUCUUCCAACAUUGGCAUCCCAAAAUAAUUCAAGAAUCUUAAACCAAUUUAAUGACAAAUUUUCUUCAAUUCAGUUCAAUCCCACUUUGAAAUCAUCAGGAAAAGAGAACCCAUUUUCUUGUUUUGCUUUGGAUGCUUCGAGGGAGUCUAUACCGCCACUGGUGGUGGUGGGAUCAGCCAAUGCUGAUUUAUAUGUGGAGAUUGACAGGUUGCCUAAGGAGGGUGAGACUAUAUCUGCUAAAACUGGGCAAAUCUUGGCAGGUGGUAAAGGAGCCAAUCAGGCAGUUUGUGGUGGUAAACUGGCAUAUCCCACAUACUUUUUGGGGCAAGUGGGGGAUGAUGCACAUGGGAAGUUAAUCACUGAGGCACUUGAGGGUGGUGGAGUGUGUUUGGAUCAUUUGAGUAGACUGGAUAAUGUUCCUACUGGGCAUGCUGUGGUCAUGCUGCAGGCUGGUGGGCAGAAUUCUAUUAUUAUUGUUGGGGGUGCUAAUAUGGCUUGUUGGCCCGAUACUCUGUCCGAGGAGGAUCUGGAGGUUGUUAAGAAUGCUGGGAUUGUUUUGCUUCAGAGGGAGAUUCCUGAUUCUGUUAACAUCCAGGUUGCAAAGGUCGCUAAGAGUGCACUUGUACCGGUCAUCUUGGAUGCUGGAGGAGUUGAUGCACCAAUCCCUAUAGAGCUAUUUAGUUUUGUCGAUAUUUUCAGCCCAAAUGAGAGUGAGCUUGCUCGUCUGACGAACAUGCCAACAGAAACUUUUGAACAGAUAAACCAAGCUGUGGGAAAAUGCCAUAAAAUGGGUGUUAAGCAAGUGCUUGUGAAACUCGGAGCUAAAGGGUCUAUUCUUUUCACCGAAGGAGAGGAACCAAUUAGACAACCCGUCAUAUCGGCUCCAAAAGUAAUUGAUACCACUGGAGCUGGUGACACUUUCACUGCUUCUUUUGCAGUGGCUCUUGUGGAGGGAAACUCCAUAAAGGAAUGCUUGAGAUUUGCUGCUGCUGCUGCUUCACUUUGUGUUCAAUUCGUCUUGCAUAUAAAUAAGAGGCCGUCACUAAAGCUGCUCUUAAUUCAGGACUCGGACUUGGGUUUUUUGUUCCUGCAGCCUCUUUUGGACAAUGAUAUCGAAGUCACUGACAGUCCAUUCAGCAACUUGGUUAUCAGGCCUGUAACGAUGGUUGACCAAUAUCUGUCUGAUGGUGGAGUUCCUGGAUCCUGGUACAUCAAAGAUAAUCAAAUACUGUCAGGAAAAUGCCCUGCAAGUCUGUAA